AAUGACCUGCAUUUAGAAAAUCCAAGCCACCUGGACCAACCUGGGCCGACUCUGCCUGCCUACCUCUCUCUCAUCACUUUAUCUUCUCCAAACAUUUCCACUUUCUCUCAACUGUAUUUAUAAAAACCCUCCAACUCCAAACCACUCUAAACCCAAACCCAACAGAAACAGAAAAACCGAUCUUUUCUCUCUCUCUCUCUCUCUCUCUUGGUUCUCUCCAGCACCGAAUUCUCAAAACCGACAUUAGACAGCUCGUCGUAUGACCAGUCAUGCCUCGCUCUCAGAGAUUUCUAGGCAGCAGCGCCGCCAACAACUCGUCAGCUUUCCCGGCCGCGCCGCCUCCUGAGGCAGUGGUUCUGGAGUCAGACUUCGUCGUCAUACUUGCGGCUCUGCUCUGCGCCGUCAUAUGCGUGAUCGGUCUCCUAGCCGUGGCGCGCUGCGCCUGGCUCCGGCGCGGCUCCGGAGCCGGCGGAGCCCUCCAGUCGCUCCCCAAGUUCACGUACGGCAUCGGCGGGGCCGAGCCGCCGCCCAAGCUGGCUUCGGAGUGCGCCAUCUGCUUGGGCGAGUUCGCGGAGGGAGAUGAGAUCAGGGUUUUGCCGCAGUGCGGCCACGUCUUCCACGUCGGAUGCGUGGACAUGUGGCUUGGGUCCCACUCGUCGUGCCCGUCGUGCCGGCAGAUCCUGGUGGUGGCUCGCUGCCAGAAGUGCGGCCAGUUCCCGGCUCCCAUUUCUGAAGCGGAGCUCAAGGCGCGCCAAGACCAUAGCAGCAGCAACCAUCCAGCUUCUCCUCCUCCUCCUCCUCCUCCUGCAGCCAAUGCUAUUAGUACUAAUUCUUCUUCUAAUACAACAACUACCACUGCUGUUAAUAGUAAUAGUUAUCUGCCUUAAUCACUCCUAAUUAGCGAAACCCGCGUUUUAUUAUUUCUUUAAUUAACUACCCUUUUCCUCAAUUUGUAUUUCCUUCCACUCUUUUGUGUAUAGCGAAAAUGAAUGGAUCAUCUUCAUCUUCUUUGUUCAUCUGCAAUCUGCCAACUGACACCAAUCUGACGCCAAUGCAGCAGUUGUGCUAAGUUUUCCUCCCCCAGUCUCCCACUUGUCUGGUUCUGAAGUGAAUGAAAUUACAAAAAGAGGUUGCAUUGCAUGAUUCCAAAGUAAUAUCUAAUUAUGUAAAGUGGGCAAUUUUAUAAAUGAUUUCCAUGUUGCUUAAAGUGACCAAAAGAGUCAAUGGGGUCAUAGAUGAUGGGAGGUUGGAGAAUUGAAUAAAAAGAAAAGAAAGGGUUUUGUGGCCUAACUUAGAGAUAGGUCAGCUGGUUCGUUGGUUGGGACUUUGAAGCACAGCCAUUGCUUGCGCUUGUUUGGGAUUUUAAUAGUUUUUUUUUGUU